AACAGCUAUAUUUUCUAUAAACAGUUGGCAACAGUGGUUCGGUGACACUGCUUCUCGUUGUCGUGUACAAAAAUCAAUUACUAUUACUGCUGAAACUGAAUACGAAAAGCGUUACCGCGAGUAAACAAAACGGCAGGCAGCUACAAUUAGCAAUAGAAGUUUAAAUCAACGUAGCAAUAUAUUCGGAAAAAAUGCAGAUCAAGGAAUUCCGCGUGACUUUGCCAUUAACCGUGGAAGAGUAUCAAGUAGCACAAUUAUUCUCGGUUGCAGAGGCGUCAAAGGAGAACACGGGUGGUGGCGAGGGCAUUGAGGUAUUAAAAAAUGAACCCUUCGAAAAUUAUCCAUUGUUGGGCGGCAAAUACAAUUCCGGUCAGUAUACAUAUAAGAUCUACCAUCUGCAAUCAAAAGUUCCAUCGUACAUAAGACUAUUGGCGCCCAAGGGCUCAUUGGAGAUACACGAGGAGGCAUGGAAUGCUUAUCCUUAUUGUCGAACGAUUAUUACGAAUCCCGGCUACAUGCAAGAUAAAUUUAUUAUAUAUAUCGAUUCGCUUCAUUUUGAUAACGAUAUUGGUGAAGUAAAUAAUGUGCAUGAACUGACGGCCGAUAAGCUGAAAAUCCGCGAUGUUGUCCACAUCGACAUUGCCAAUGAUCCGAUAUUGCCCGCGGACUACAAGCCCGAAGAGGAUCCAACUACGUACCAGUCAAAGAAAACUGGGCGUGGUCCGCUGGUGGGUGCUGAUUGGAGAAAGCGCGUUGAUCCCGUUAUGACUUGCUACAAGCUGGUCACGUGCGAGUUCAAAUGGUUCGGUCUGCAGACAAGAGUAGAAAACUUUAUUCAAAAGUCAGAGAGACGCCUCUUCACAAACUUCCAUCGCCAAGUUUUCUGUUCAACUGAUCGCUGGUACGGUCUAACAAUGGAGGACAUUCGCGCUAUUGAGGAUCAGGUCAAGGAUGAGCUAGAUAAGGCGCGUCUGGUAGGCGAGGUGCGUGGAAUGCGUGCAGAUGGUGAUUAAAUAUAGUAGAAAAUUUUUAAACGUAUGUAAAUGUAAAAAAAACACAAUACAAAUACAAAAUGCAACUGAAUGAUAUAAAGCGAAGCAUAAACAAAUUUACAAAAACUUAACUAAACACACGAAUUAAAAAAAAAAUGGAAACGAAGGUCAAGAACUACAACAACAACAAAAAAACACCAAGUGUAUAACAACAAGGAAUACAACAACAGCAGCAAAGCUUAGCUCUAGUGCAGCUCCCACAUAAUACAGCAGCAGCAACAACAACACCAAGUAACAAUAGUGCCCUUUAGUUAAGUUUUAUUUUGUACGUAAAAUGUAAUCAGGAUAUAAACAUAUACAAGCCCACACACACAAACACACACACACACACAAUCCAUACAAAUCCCUCUAUUUAAAGUAAUCACACUAUUAAGCAUUAAUAUUAAAAGUUGUUGCCUCGAAUUCAAUUUGUAUUGUUGAUAUAAUUUGUUUAAGUUGCAACUGUAACUGAAAUCAACUAAAUGACAGCCAAUGUAAAAAUUAUAACAGAGCAAUGCAACAAAAUGUUGCAUGACAAAACAAGAAAGAGAGUCAUAUAAAUUGAAUAAAAAGUGCAUCGAAGCCAAGCAAACCAGCAAAA